AUGCAAGUUUUUAGAGACGAGCUAGAAAAAAUUUCAGCCAAGUACGGAUGCCAGGAAUUACACACUGAGGGCUUUACACCAGAGCAAAUAUACUACCAGAUAGAGGAUCUUUGCAAUUCUAUCAUUGAGAGGUCGGAAUCUGCAAUUUCCGGCCUUUAUCCAAAAUACGAAAUACCGCUUCGGAACAAUGAAAAAAUUUGCACCGAAAGGAACACAGAGGAUUCUGAGAGUGGACUUUCUGACCAGGGCAGGGCAUCAUCGGUGGACAUUGGAAUAGAAAAAGACAGUUCUGCCGAAUACAUGGACACAGACCGAGAUGAACCCUUGGAGUCCUCCGACUCUGAACUCUCUGAAAAUGAAAUCUACCAAAUGCCGGCUGCCGAAGCAAUCAGACUUCUCGAGUCAAGAACUGGAGAUUCCUCCGGACAUUCUUCCGAUAGUUACGAAUCACUUUCCGAAGAUAACGAUGAAUAA